AUGAGCUGCUUAGAGAAGUCACUGCUUGAGACCGUCGAUAGUGAAGCCCAAAUUGACAGAGCUGUCAGCUCCAUCAAUCUCGCCUCAACAGCGAAGACGAUAGUCUCGUCGACGAAUUCCUUUCUAGGCAGCUCCUACAAUGUCUCCAGCUUCUCUCCGGCCCCUAGCAACGUUAGCAGCCUUGGCAACACAUCAGCCACUACCACGGCUGUCUCACAUGGUGUUUCAGGUCUAUCGUUAUCCUCUGAUAAGCCGGAAUGCAUGCCACUUCUGUCGCUUCUAGUGGAGAACACCACUCCACCACUCCAGCUGGGAGAAGAAGCAAGAGACCCAAAAGAACCCAGCUAUCUAUCGGCUUCCGCCACAGCAGCAAAUAGCCCCAUAACAAAGAUGAGUAGACCGACAGAAUCUAAUCUUAUGGAUUUGCCAAACAGGCCGGACCAAGAGGGGCUAAUAUCUGUGGUCGGAGUCUCUGGGGCAAUGGAAGCAAGUGGGCUGGAUAUCCAAUGCAGCCAGCGUAGGGGAGCUCCGCUGGGAGACAGGAGCAUAGAAUACAACUACAGACAAAUCGGAGCCCCUGUAGAAAUCGACUCUACGCGACCAGGAAAUUUCCACUCCGCUUCUUAUUACGGUUUCCAUGUAAUUGAUGCCUACUCUCGGAGCCCAGCUGACCGGCCUCUACAAUCGCAAGACUCGGGCUACCAAGGGCCUGAUCCGGCCUUGAGUGGCUAUUCGGCCAGCUACCCGGAGACCUCAGGCAUCAGGGAAACCAACUAUUCCUGCGCUAACUUGUACACAGUCACAUGCCCACCCACCGAAGAGUGUCCCUCUGCGAGUGGCUGCCUGCCGGAGGCGGAAACCCGUAUUCACUCGUUGCGGCAGCCUCAACAACAGCAUUCCAGACAAGGCACCCUGUCGCAUCUUCAUCAACGAGAACAAGCGCACACGCAGUCAGACGUCGGGCCUCAAACUGCAGUGAAUUGUUUGCAGGAAUCUAGGCAAACUAAUUUCGUUAACCUGCUGGAGACCGAAAAGUCCGGGUCACACACCGCAUAUCCGCCAAACCAGCCUCUCUCCACUUGUCUGGCUGCCAUACCCUUUAUUCCUGCCUACACUGCCCAUCACUCCAUACAACCACACUCCGUCCAGCUGACUCAGGAAUCAGGUAGUGAUCAUCGUCUGUCGACCAAAGAAGCAAACUUCCCACCUUCCGGUCACUUGCAGGCUGGGAGGGCAUCUCCUCCACAUAACUUUGUCCUCGAAUCCCAUUUAACGGUGGGUCCUUUG